UCGGGGAGCGGCUGGCGGCGCGGAGCGGUGCGGAGCGAGGGGCCGGGGGGCGCCGCCGCCAUGAGGAAGAGCGAGGUGCUGGCUGCAGAGUCCGUGGCAUGUCUGAACAAAGCGCUGGGUCACCUUCGGGAUAUCUGGGAGGAGAUUGGGAUCCCUGAGGAGCAGCGACUGCAACGAACAGAAGUGGUGAAGAAGCACAUCAAGGGUCUGCUGGACAUGAUGGUGGCUGAGGAGGAGAACCUGAAGGAGCGUCUCCUGAAAAGCAUUGCUAUGUGUCGCAAGGAACUGGACACUCUCUGCAAGGAGCUCCAGCUGGAUCCAUUUGAAGAGGAGGAGGAGAGCACCAUCCUGCAGCUGGAAAAGGACUUGCGCACCCGCCUGGAAGUGAUGCUGAAGCAGAAGAGAGAGAGGAAGCAGGAGCUGAAAACUCUGCAAGAACGCGACCAAGACUUGUGUGACCUUCUCUGCAUGACCCCCUACAGCAUUGACAGCAACUCCGUGCCCAGCCUGGAGGAGCUCGACUGCUUCAGACGCCACCUGGCAGCACUGGCUGCUGAGAAGGAGCGCAGGAGAGAGGAGUUCGUCAGGGUCAAACGGCAGAUCAUUCUGUGCAUGGAGGAGCUGGAUCAUGUCCCUGACACCAGCUUCGAGCGGGAUGUGGUGUGUGAGGAUGAGGACGCCUUCUGCCUAUCUAUGGAGAACAUUGCUGCUCUUAAAGAGCUGCUGCAGCAGCUGGAGGCCCGGAGAGCUUUAAAUGAAGCUGUUUGCGGUGAGCUGCGCUCCAGAAUUGUGGAGCUCUGGGACAGGCUGCAGGUGCCUGCGGAGGAGAGAGAAGCCUUUGCCACAUACAUGACCGGAUCCAGAGCCAAAACCAGGAAAGCCCUGCAGUUCGAGGUGGACCGUCUGGAGGAGCUGAAGCUGCAGAACAUGAAGACUGUGAUUGAAGCAAUCAGAGCAGAGCUGGCCGCUUACUGGGACAAAUGCUUUUACGGCACUGAGCAGAGACAAGCUUUUGCCCCUUACUUCGAGGAGGACUGCACCGAGACCCUGCUGCAGCUCCACGACGCUGAGGUGGGGCAUGUGAAGCAUUACUACGAGACACACAAAGAGCUCUUUGAAGCUGUUCAGAAAUGGGAGGAAAACUGGAGGCUUUUCCUGGAGCUGGAGAGAAAAGCAACGGACCCAAGUCGCUUUGCUAACCGAGGGGGCAACCUCCUGAAGGAAGAAAAGCAGCGAGCGAAACUGCAGAAGACUCUCCCCAAACUGGAGGAGGAGCUGAAAGUUCGGGUUGAGGCCUGGGAACAGGAGCAUGAGGAGGCCUUCUUGGUGAAUGGGCAGCGGUUCAUGGAAUACGUGAGCGAGCAAUGGCAGCUGCAUCGGCUGGAGAAAGAGAAGGAGAAGCAGGAACGGCAACUGAAGAAGAGUCGUCAGAUUGAGGAGGAGAUGCUGUAUGGCAGCGUCCCGAGGACACCCAGCAAGCGCCGGGUCCUAGGCGCCAACACGCCUGGCAAAGUGAGGAAGCUCAAUGCAACUUCCUGUACCACUCCCAACAGCACAUUCCGUUCUGCCUUUGGGGGGACGCUCUUCCACUCCCCGGUGUCCCGCCCACCACCCUCUGGAGGCAAGCUCGGCCCGCCUGCUCGGACCCCCAGCCGCGUGGCCAUGAAGCCCCCUCGCACGGCACAUGCAGAACGGAACAAGGAGAACAUGUCCCAGUUGAAUGGAACCACCCUGAGCGGUGGGUGCACCCCCACAGCCCCUGCCCAGCGUAACUACAGCAUUAACUCUGUUGCCAGCACCUAUUCUGAGUUUGCGCGCGAACUUUCAAAGGCUUCCAAAUCUGACACCAGCUCCCGGAUCCUGAACUCCACAACCACCCACAUCCACUGCUGAGGAGGCCACAGCCAGAGGGUUCCAGCUGUUUAGAUGUGCUGGGUCGCUGCUCUGGCACAGCAUGACUGGAGUGUGCGUCCCUUCGGCUGGAGAGGAAAACGGCAAGUGUCCCACGUUGGAUUUUUAGCUGGGCCCUGCAUGCUGCCGUGUUCCUGUGUGCCCACAGCAGGGCCCAUGGCCUGCGGGCAGCCAUCCCCACGGCGAGAGGCAGGAGCAAGCAGUGGGGGGAGGGAGACUCUUUUUUUAAAUGGUUUUUACUACAGUGACUUUCAGGUUUUACGUUAGAUGCAAUGUUUUAAAAAGAGCUGGGCUGCUCCUGCCCAGGGCUCCCUGCUCUUCAUACACUACUGCAUGGCCCAUGGAGCCCUGGAGUGGGGCAGCCAGAGCCUCCCAGGGCAACUUCUACCCCUGCCCCUCAGCUGCCUCUCAGCCUCUGCUUUGCCUGCCUGGGCUGUGAUGGGUUAGUUCUUUGGCUCUCAGGCUCGGCUGCUCUCUGAGGUGCUAGAGCCCAAAGCAUCUUACUCCGUAUCGGUUCUCCUGCAUACUUACCCCUUCCCCGAGCAUUUCCCAGCAGAGGGGCUGGGGGCUGCCUGGUGCCCACCCUUCCUGAAGCGCAGUCAGCCUAGGGCUCCAGAACAGCACUAGCUUCUUAGCCUGCUGCCAAUGUGCUGUGUGGGGUGAAGCCAGUACCUUGUCCUGCCCUUAGCGUGCAACAGUCCUGCUGGGCCAAGGCGUGGGCAUAAAGGGAGAAGGUCUUGGCAGUGCUCCAUAGAAAGGGGCUAGGGUGCUUGACUCAUCCUCCCCCAGCUGGAAUGCCUGUUCCAGCCAGGCCUGGGGGCCAAGCAUUCCCUCCCAGGAUCCCUUCAUCAGCACUGACUUAGGGCCAGGCAGCCUGGCACUUUCCCAGCACAACCUGCCCUUCUAAAGACGAAGGCAGCUGAGCUGGGGAGAGACUUGGCUGAUUCCACCUCCUGCCUGCUAGACUCAACUUCGCAGCCCUGUAACGGUAGAAACCCCCAGGUGUAGUGCUUUGUACCUGUGCUGCUGGGACAGCAGGGGCACUCCACCUCUGGGAGAGGCAAGGGGAGCAGGCCUGUUGACACCGCUGGCUAGAGGGGGUAUUAGCUACACCCAUCUAUGUUGCUCAAAGGGUGGAUUACUGACACAAGGGCUCAUGGGGUCAUGAAUUGAGCAGCAGCCCAGCUUCCCCAGGCCAUGUGUCAGACUAACCCUUGGCAGAGGCAGUAAUCCCCUCAGCCAGCCCCUGCCCCCUAGAGCAGGGGUUAGUCUGUACCCGGCUAGGAAGCAGGUCUAGGCCUGUUCCCUUAGCAAGCGGCACCUUUCCGCUGCUCUGAGCAGGCUGGAGCUGGGCCUAUGCCUGUUUGAACCUCUGUUCCCAUCACUGAGUGAUGCUCUGUAAAUAGUGUUCUCGUCCCUGAUCAUGAACCAAUGUGCACCUUAUCACUACAGCUCCCCUGGCUUGGUUAUUUAUUCUCAUGCUGGCCCUUGCCUGCUGGGGCUCUCUGUACACAGAUGGGACCAAGCGCUUCUCCAUAGGGGGUGAGGGGUCCUAGGCAGCUCUGUGCUAGCACUACAGGGGAACUGCAUGGUACGGUUUGACUGCAGCAUGGGGGAAGCAUCUUGCUACUCAAGCACUUUUGUCUAGUGCCUAUUUUAACCUCCCCUGCCCCCUUUAACCUUUGCCUCCCCUUGCUGGUAGGGAGGGAACAGUGUGGAAUGAAUUUGUUACUCAUGGUGCCUGUUAAGUGUACAGUUCAACUCUGGAGGAAAUAUAUUCAGCAGCUUCUUCA